UCCCGCAUUCGCAGUCCGGGCGCGUUCGGAGGAGGAGCGAGAGAGGAAGGUGCUCUGGGGACCUCGCGGGCGCACGGCUUCUGGCUCAGCCCGGCGUCCCUGUGAUUUAGAGAAGGUGUAACCCGGCGGCUGGGCGCGGGAGAACUGCAGAGAAGCCAUGGGUGCUGGGAGCUCGACCGAGCAGCGGAGCCCGGAGCAGCCGGAGGCGGGGAGCCGGACGCCGGCGGAGCCGGAGCCCAGCGGCAGUAGCCCCGUGGCGGAGGCGGCGCCUGGGGCUCUGGAGGACCCCGCCAUCGCGGCCGCGGACCCGGCCACCAAGCUCCUACAGAAGAAUGGUCAGCUGUCCACGGUCAACAGCUUAGCUGAGCCAGGAGAGCAGGGCCCCCAGGAGGGAGCCCUGCACGGCCAGGAGGAGGAAGUCAUUGUCGCAGAGGUUGGACAGAGAGACUCUGAAGAUGUGAACGAAAGAGACUCAGAUAAAGAGAUGGCUGCCAACUCAGCAGUUGUUCAGGACAUCACGAAGGAAGGGCAGGAGGAAAUGCCCGAAAUCAUCGAGCAGAUUCCUUCUUCAGAAAGCAAUUUGGAAGAGCUAGCACAGCCUGCUGAGUCCCAGACUAAUGAUGUUGGGUUUAAGAAGGUGUUUAAGUUCGUUGGCUUUAAAUUCACUGUGAAAAAGGAUAAGAGCGAGAAGUCUGAUACUGUCCAACUGCUCACUGUCAGAAAAGAGGAAGGGGAAGGAGCAGAAGGAUCAGAUGGGGCCGGCGACCACCAGGAGCCCAAGCCCGAGACUGGAGAAGCAACACCCAAGGAAAGUGAACUGAAACAAUCGACGGAGAAGCCGGGCGAGACCAUGAAGCACGAGCUGAGCCACACAGAAAUUUCCCUUCAGGCCGAGCCUGAUCAAGCAGCAGAGGAAGGCAGAGAUGGAGAAGAAAAGCAAGAAAAAGAACCAGCCAAAUCUCCAGACUCUCCAACUAGUCCAGUGGCCAGCGAAACAGCAUCGCCCUUUAAAAAAUUCUUCACUCAAGGUUGGGCUGGCUGGCGCAAAAAGACCAGCUUCCGGAAGCCAAAGGAGGACGAGCUGGAAGCUUCAGAGAAGAAGAAGGAACAAGAGCCAGAAAGAGUAGACACAGAAGAAAAUGAAAAGAUGGAAGAUACUUCCGAGAAACUGGCUGCUUCUGAACAACCACACCCACAGGGGACCACAGAGAGUGCCAGCGAUGCCAGAUUAUCAGCUGAGUAUGAAAAAGUGGAGCUACCCUCUGAAGGUCAAGUGCAGGGAUCUCCUGACGAGAAACCUGCCCCGUUAGCAACAGAAAUAUUUGAUGAAAAAGUGGAGAUUGUUGCAGAAGUCCACGUCAGCACUACAGAGAAGAAAACGGAGGAGCAGAAAGCCGAGGCAGGAGGAACAGAAGAGUCCUUGCCAUCUGAAAAACUGCUUGAAAUGAAUGCUGAGCCUCAGGCAGCUGAGCCUCAGGCAGCUGAACCUCCGGAAGAGCCAGCGAAGACCGAAGGAGCGUGUGCCCCCGGAGGGGACCACACCCAGCCACCGGACGCAAGUCCUGGUGAGAAACCGUCUGCACACCCUGAAGGCAUCGUGGGUGAGGCGGAAAUGCUGGCAUCGCAGGAGAGAGUUAAGGUGCAAGGAAGCCCUUUAAAGAAGCUUUUCACGAGCACUGGCUUAAAAAAGCUUUCUGGAAAGAAACAGAAAGUGAAGAGAGGAGGAGGAGGAGAUGAAGAGUCCGGGGAGCACCAUCCAGUCGUAGCAGAUUCUCCAGACAGUACAGAUGAACAAAAGGGCGAGAGCUCUGCCUCGUCCCCUGAAGAACCUGAGGAGAUCACGUGUCUGGAGAAGGGGGUAGCGGAUGCACAUCAGGACGGGGAAGUCGAGGAAGGAACUGCUUCCGACGGAGAGAAGAAGAGAGAAGGUGUGACUCCCUGGGCGUCUUUCAAAAAGAUGGUGACACCCAAGAAACGUGUUAGGAGGCUUUCGGAAAGCGAUAAGGAAGAUGAAUUGGAUAAGGUGAAGAGUGCCACCCUGUCUUCCACGGAGAGCGCGGCGUCCGAGGUGCACGAGGAGGCGAAAGGCCACGGAGAAGAGCCCAGGCCGGAGGAACCAAAGCGCAGGGUCGACACUUCAGUGUCUUGGGAAGCUUUGAUUUGUGUGGGGUCAUCCAAGAAAAGAGCAAGAAAAGCGUCAUCUUCUGAUGAGGAAGGGGGGCCAAAAGCAAUGGCAGGAGAAAGCCAAAAACCAGAUGACACGGGAAAAGACAAAGAAGCGGGACCAGACACUGUCCCUGCUGGUUCCCAUGAGCAUGACCAAGGGCAGGGAAGCUCCUCACCUGAGCAGGUGGGAAGCCCCUCCGAAGGGGAGGGGGUUUCCACCUGGGAGUCAUUUAAAAGAUUAGUCACCUCAAGAAAAAAAUCGAAGUCAAAACUGGAAGAGAAAGCUGAAGACUCGGUAACUGGGGCUGGUCUGGAGCAUUCAGCUGCAGAUGUUGAAACUGGGAAAGAGGAGUCUUGGGUUUCAAUUAAGAAAUUUAUUCCUGGGCGAAGGAAGAAAAGGUCAGAUGGGAAACAAGACCAAACUGCUACUGAAGACACAGGGCCGGCAGAAGCCCACGAAGAUGAUGCUGACGUCCCAGCUGUGGUCCCUCUGUCUGAGUACGAUGCCGUGGAGAGGGAGAAGAUGGAAGCACAGGAGGCCCUGAAGAGCGAGGAGAAGCCGGAGGCAAAGGGAGAGGUGUAUGUGUCGGAGGAGCUCAGCAAGAGUCUGGUGCACACAGUAACCGUGGCUGUGGUGGAUGGGGCCAGGGCCGUCACCAGCAUCGAAGAAAGGUCACCUUCCUGGAUCUCCGCCUCAGUGACUGAGCCUCUCGAACGAUCAGAAGAUGGAAACAAGUCACCAAGUGGAGAGGCAUUUGAAAGAGAGGCCAUGGCAGAGGAAAGCCCCCUUGUUACCAAGGCUCUGCCCGAGAGCCAAGAUGCCACCGAUGACACAAUCAUCAGUGAGAUGGAAUUGACUUCUGAAGCGGUGACAGCUGCUGAAACCACGGGGGCAUUUUGUGCUGAAGAAGCAACGGAAGCCUCUGCUGCUGAAGAGACCACCGACAUGGUUUCGGCCGUUUCCCAGUUAACCGAGUCUCCGGACACCACAGAGGAAGCCACGCCCGUUCAGGAGGUGGAAGGCGGUGUGCCAGACACAGAAGACCAGGACAGGCGAACCCAGGAGGUCCUGCAGGCAGUUGCCGAAAAAGUCAGAGCAGAGUCGCAGCUGCCUGGUACCGCGGGACUGGAAGACGCCGUUCAGACAACGCGGAGAGUGGAAUCAGAAAUACCAGAGGAGGUGGAGGAAGGAGAAGGGGGUUCUCAAGUGCCAGAUCUGAAGAACGAGAUGGAUGUAGUGUUGAAAGGACAGGUCGAAGAAACAGAAACUGAGAAUUUGACACAAGGGAAGGGAGAUGCACAGGCCACUCCAGAACACUUCACAGAGAGUGUCGAGCCCAGUGAGCUUAUAACAACCACCUGUCAAGCUGAAACCUUGGUUGGGGUAAAAUCAGAGAUUACACUGGAACAGGCUGCUGCCCCUGACUCAGCUGAAACUCUUACAGACAGUGAGACCAAUGGAAGCACCCCAGUAGCAGAUUGUGAAGCUCCCCAUAUCACACAGCAAGACAAAGUCAUGGACAUCCACGCAAAUAAUGAGGUUGCAUCUGGCACAGGAUCCCAGGUCACAGAAGCAGAGGCAGUUCCUGCACUGAAAGAGGUGCCUCCAGCACCCUCUGAUUUUCAAUCACAGGAGGAACGUAAAGAACAUUCAGAAAUGGAAGAGGUUCUAGAACACACAGAUAAAGAGGUAUCCAUGGAAACUGUACCCAUUCCUUCAAAGAUGGAGGUGAUUCAAGAGGCCGGCCAGUUUGCUCAUGAUGAAAUCAAAGACAUACCAUUUGUUGAAGGACUUGGAGUGUCUGCAGACCCAGAAAUAACAGUCAGUCCGAAAAAGGUCAGUGAAGUUGUCCUUCAAGGUGAAAUUACUAAAGAAGCUGAAUUUCAAAAGAAUGAUAAUAUUGAACUCCAGAGUCACACUCAGCUUCUUCCAACCCCAGUGAGAGACGAGAUGGUAGUUCAAGUAGAAAGGGAGGAAACGGAAGCAAAGCCAGCUCCAGUGAGUGAAGAGAAACUUGCGCCCAAACCAGCUGAAGUGCUCAGUGAACAGCUGGUCCAGACAGUGCAGGUGACUGUCGUAGAUGGGGAAAAGGAAGUUAUCAGUUGUGAAGAAAGUUCUGCUUCUUGGCUAGUUCAGGGGGAAGCAGUCUGCACAGAAAUUCAAGUUCAAAGCUCUGAGACAGCAUUACCUCUAACAGUUGCAACAGCGGAGGAAAAGGUCUUAGGAGAAACUGUCAAGAUUUUAAAAACACCUGGAUCUCUGGAGUCUGCAGAAGCACAUUUGGAGCAGGAAACAGAGUCCUCUGAAAAAGAAGACUUCAUUGUUCAGCCAGGGGAAGAUGCAGUGCCCACAGGGAAUGAGUCUCAGGCAGAAUCAGUACCAGUGGUAGUACCUGCUACCCCUGAAAAAGGCAUCAAUGCUGACCUGGAAGCAGAUAAAACCACAUCACAGAAAGGGAGGUCAGAUGAAGACUACGAGCAGGUUAGCUGUCAGGAAGCCAGAGUGAGCGAAACAAGAGAGGAAGGUUCAAAGGCUGAAAAGGAGAUUUUGCAACUUAAGACCGAGAGCCGUAAACUUGUACAAAACGUAAUUCAGACAGCCGUUGACCGGUUAGUAAGUACGGAAGACACAGCCGUCGAUUGCCAGACACUGGCUUGGCUGAUGCAAGCUGACAACCUGGAAGCUGAACAGAAAGUUGAAAAAGAAGAAAGGGAGCUUCAGAUCUCCGUAGAGGGUGAGACACAAACUACCACAGCCAAAGAGGAGUCCACACUGCCCACUGUGGAACAGACAUGCUCUGAUGUUUCCAAAGAUGUGAAUGCAGCUUCCCAAGAGGUCAUGACUUUUGAGGUUGAACGUUCCAGUGUUAAUGAUCAGCAGCUUGAAGAGGUAAUUCUCUUAACCCAGGAAAAGAGAGAAGCAACUGGAACCCAGUCUUUGCAGGAAGACGGCGAUCGAGUCGGGUUAGGAGAAAGAAUAGAGAAGCCUCUGUCCGAGUCCCAAGAAGAUCAGAAAGAUGAUGCUGUCGAUUACCCUGAGAACCACACCUCAGCCCUGGAAGACACUGAAGCCUCGGGAGGCUUAACCAAAGAAUCCGCGGAUGCAAAUGGGCCAAAACUAAAAGAGAAGGAAGUGGAAUUUCAGGAUGAAAACGGGCAGAGCAAGUCAGAAAAAGAGAUUGAAACACAAACCCAGGAGGAGACACACCAACAAGAGAGGCAGCCAGCAGCCCCAGAGCUUACAGAAUCCUAAAACGUCAUAUACCCUCGUGUAUUUGCAAGACCACAACGUGAAGAACAAGCGGUAGAAGAAAGUGAAUGCUGCUGAUAAGACUGCAGACCAAUAUUUCAGAUCUUUGACAACUGAAGAACAGGCCCAUCGACCGAUCUCAUUCCUAGGGAACCCCGACAAUCCUGAGGUCUCAUCGGGAGCUACAGCCGGUUCACAGUUCCUCUUUUCAAGACCAUCCUAUCGGUUUUCCCUUGAUUCCAUGUAGUGUCUCUCAUUUAAUGUCCUGCGUCCUAAACCUGGAACUGGAGUUGGAAAUACCUAGUUCCACUUCUCAAACUGGAGUAUCAUUCUCUAUGUAUUUAUAUGUAUGUUUUAAGUAAUCCUCCUCCUGUAUCUAUUGUAUAUUUUUUCUUAAUGUUUGAGGAAAUGUGCCAGUAUAGUACAUUUCUUUUGUAUCACACAGUCCAUGACGGGGCAUGUGGCCAUAGUGGAGCUUUGGGAAGCUUCUUUAUGACCUGUGAAAACAGCUUCCUAGAAAUAACAUUCCUGAUCAGAUGCUACAACAGUUCUUACUAUAAAAUUCACUAAGGAUUAGGUCCAUGAUUAGUAUUACUCUGAGACUGGUCACUUCCCUACUAUGCACAAAGCUUUUUUUUUUUUAAACUUACAGAAUGUUCCAUUGUUACUGUGAAAUUUUUCUUUCUGACCCAGUGGAAGUUGCAAGUUUUUUUUUUUUUUUCCCAGUUGCACAUUAAGUCUUUUCUCCUAAUUGUUAUGGUUGUUUGGACAGAUGAGUGUGCUUAAUCCUGACGCAAAGUAGUGAUCUGUUUUUCAUACUGUUCAGAAUGGACUUGUUUAAGUUUUUGAUUCUAUACUCGUAGAUGCUGGAACCCAUUUACACACAGCAUGAAGCAACUCUGGUUCUUUACAACUGGUAUUUUGAUUGACGCUGGGUGGUGUCUGUGCCAUAUCUGUGCCCGCUCUUUUAAGACAAUGUUGCAUUAUGUUCAUUUCCAGAAAUUGUGAUUUGACAGCUGAUUUAAAUAAAAUAUGUGCUUCACCUAGAUUUGCUAGUUUUCUUAGCUACUAGGAAGCCUGGGGCAUAGGUUUACCACAUUCUGAAAGCAGUGUAAGCUGGAAAUGUCUCGUGCAGUCUAUGUACGAUGUUACUACUUUGUACCAGUCUGAGCUGAUGUUCAGAGGAAGUCAGCAGAUAGUUGUCUGCCGGGACAUACACGGGCUUUUCGGAGGGACGGUGCUGUUACAAUGCUGCCAUCUGGUGGUGUCUUCCUGAAAAGGUCAGCUUUCUGCAUUGGUAUUUGUUAAAGACUGUUUCUAGAAAGAAAUUUUAAGAAGGCUUAACAGUAAAAAUGCCAUGCCUGAGAAGUGAUCUAUCUUGGGAUUUUUUUUAAUGUUAAAGCAAUUCAUGAUUCUUGCUAAUAUAUAAAGGAUUCCAUCAAACCGUUGCCACACAAAGAACAGUCACCUGUCUACCAUAAAAUUCCACUUUUUUCACAUGUAAACUGGCCUGGCAUAUAUAUUUUGUACAAAGUUUACUCAAACUCAGUACUCCAGUUUGAGGACUUAAUUUCAAUGGCCAAUUAGUGGUUUUAAAGCAUAACAUUCUAGGAAGUUUAGAGUGGUCUUACCAGAAAGAACAUUUGCUGUUAAAACCAGAGAGUAGUUUCUGUUGUACCGACAACCCUGACGACCACAAAAGUUGGCUGCAGUGGAGAGAUCUCCUCACUGUGCAGAGGACCUUGUGGUUGGAGAGCAGGGGAUUUCCUUUUAGGAGCUACUCUGGUGCAUAACAGCCACCUGUCCUUAAUGGUUAAACUUCCAAAACCCCAAAUUAAGAAAAAAAAUCCUUUGAUCUAAAUAGCUUCCAUCACGACCUUGAGACUUUAAAGAAGAGUGCUAGCAUCAAUUUUUGAAGAUCAACCAAAAAGUAUUGGAGAUGACAGCAGUUUGUAAGGGGUGCAUGAUAACUCCACUACUGACUUCCUCUCUGGCAGGUGGAAACCUUGUGCUAUUUUGAACAGAUUAAAGAUUUUUUGUAGAAUGUGGUAAACAGAUACCCUUUUUCUGUUCAUUUGUUUAAUUUCCAUCCUGCCACUUCAUCCCAUUUGACUGACAUGUGGCCGACCAGGUCAUCCCCAGAGCUGGUCUUCUCUGUGACUGUGCCUCUUGCACUAAUUAAUACCCGGAUGUGCCCUGGAUUACUUCUGUAAUUCCUUCUGUGCCAGCUCCGUACCUCCGUCCGUUAGCAACACUGUCCUAUCAACAAGAGGAAUGGUAUUAACAGUAGCAUGAAAUACAGGUCUGUAUUAUCAUUCUAAAGCUACUGUUAACUUCAUGAAGUUCGUAAUAAUCACAUAAACUGCAGAAAUUGGAGCAAGUGCCUAAAUUUUGCUGUUUUUGGCAUUACUGUGGAACCACGUACAAUAGAAAGCAAUGCAAGACUUGUAACCUCUUGCCACUUCUUGUAAUUUGAGGACUGUAAAAUGUUCCCCUUCAGGUUAUUUUGCUAAUGGUACCCACAAGUUGCCUCUCGGUACACAUGUACUUUGUUCCAAAAUUUUUCUUUGGUAUUUGGAGCUACAGAAAGUCAAGGGCUGGAAAUUUUAGCAUUCAGUGUAAGCUUCAAGCUUAGCAGUUUUCUUUAACCUGAGACAAUAUUUGAUUCCUAGGUCUGUUUGGAGGCAGAUUUUCAUUUAUCUAAAUAAAAUGCAACCUAAUCAAAUAC